AUGGCUGAUGCAAGUGAAUCUACGACUAAUGGAAAUAAUCGAGAUGCCACAGUCGAACGUUUGGCAGCAUUAGCGGAGACCCAGUCACAACAACUUAUUCAGCAUAUGCAAGCUGCACCAGCUCCAAAAAUUGAUGAGAAUGCUGGAGAAAGAUAUAGGAAAUUAAACCCUCCUAUUUUUUAUGGAACUGUUGAACUAAUGAAAGCAGAAGAGUGGAUAUGUACGACGGAGAACAUGUCUAAAUAUAGUAGAGUCCUAGAUGUUGAAAAGGUAAAUUGUGAUGCUUUUAUGUUGCGAGCUGCUAGACAACAAAAAUUAAAUGAGUUUAUUCAGCUGCGACAAGGGAAUAUGUCUGUUGAAGAGUAUAUUAGAAAAUUUGAGGAACUCUCUCAUUUUGCUUCUCAUAUAGUUAGCACUAAUGAGCAUAAGGUGGAACGGUUUAUUGAAGGGCUCCGACCAGACUUAUAUCAGGACGUGAAGAUAGUAGGCACCCAGGGAGUAACCAUUGCAACUAUUGCAGAGCGAGCGUUAGAAGCGGAGCAAGCAGAGAGUCGUAUUAUUGGA